UCCAGCUGCCUAAGUGGAUACAUGUCUGCAUUUUUCUGAGAUGGCAUCAAAAGGCUGCAAGCAUCCGGCUGACGCAUAUUGCUAUGUCUGUGGCCAAUUUAUCAAGACAAGAGCGAAUAAGUAUUCUGUGGAAGCAUCUGCUACGAUGUGUGAGGCCUGCAAGGCAUAUUUCGGCAUGCCUGUCGGAGAUCAAGACAAACCCUGGGCACCUCAUCUCACCUGCGAGCAAUGCAAAAAAACCUCUGUAAGGAUGGUACAGAGGGAAAAAAAGAGCCAUGAAGUUUGCUAUCCCAAGAAUUUGGUGGGAACCCACUGACCACUCAAGCAACUGCUACUUCUGCAUGGUGGACCCUUCCAAACGUCGGACUGGCAAGAAUGUCCCUGCUAUCAUGUAUUCGGUCCUUCUUUCAUCCAUCGCCCCGGUGCCACACUGCCAUGAGCUCCCCGUACCAACUCCUCCAGAGAGAGAGCAGCCUUCUUUAGAAGAGAGCAGAAAGUCAAAGAGCGAGGAAGACGUUGUAGAUCCAGAUGACAAUUUCAAAGGUGGAGCUGAGAAGAGAAGCCCAUAUUACCCCAACCAAAAAUACCUCAAUGACUUGAUCAGAUAUCUUGGUCUCACUAAGUCCAAUGCCGAGCUUUUGACGUCUAGGCUCAAGCAGUGGAACGUGUUGGUUGAAAGUGUGCAAGUCACAGAUCAGAGGAAGCGUCACCAACCUUUUUACAGCAUCUUCACCCGUCAAGAUGGGCUCUGCUUCUGCCACAAUGUGACCAGUCUGUUUGAGGCAAUCGGAAUCGCCUGUAACCAGAAUGAGUGGCGUCUCUUCAUUGACAGCUCAUCUAGGAGCCUGAAAGCCGUGCUGCUCCAUAAUGGUAACAAGUACCCGUCUCUUCCCCUGGCUCACUCGGUGCACCUCAAAGAAGAUUACAACAGCAUCAAGACCUUGCUGGACGCCUUGAAGUAUGAUGGCUGGGAGGUCAUCGGAGACUUCAAAAUGGUGGCAUUCCUGAUGGGUCUCCAAGGCGGUUUUACCAAGUUUCCCUGCUCUCUUUGCCUUUGGGACAGCAGGAACACCAAGGCGCGCUACCACAGGCGGGACUGGCCACAGUGGACCGAGUUCUGUGUGGGGAGGAAUAACGUCAAGUGGGAGCCACUGGUGGACCCCCGGAAGGUGCUGAUGCCACCACUGCACGUAAAAUUGGGCCUUAUGAAACAAUUUGUCAGAGCUGCAGAUAAGGAGUCGGCAGCCUUCAAGUACCUUCAAGACUUCUUCCCUAAGCUGUGUGAGGCAAAGGUCAAAGCCGGUGUCUUCGUCGGACCACAGAUAAAGAAGAUCCUGGAGUGCAAUGGAUUCCCCAAGAAGCUCACUAGUAAGGAGAAAGUGGCUUGGAACAGCUUUGUCGCAGUGGUUUCUGGCUUCCUACGCAAUCACAAUGUCGAAAACUACGUGGAGCUGGUUGAGACUGCACGGCAGGAAUCAGACAAAUAUGUUGUGACGCUAAAGACCUCCUUCACAGAGCAAAAUGCAGCAGAUGGACCUCUCACUAUCCGGAGCCAAGAUAUCUUUUGA